AUGGGGUUCAACAAGGCCAAGUGCAAGGUGUUGCACUUUGGCCAAGGCAAUAUCAAGUAUGUGUACGGAACAAAUUGUAUAUAUGAUCUGCAUGCUGAUCAUCUACAUGAACGUUUUCCUCUGGAUAUCCGUGCUACUUCUGGGGGAACAAUCUGCUAUCUUAAACUGAUAGCAUUAGUGGGCUAUCUUAUUCGUCUUUCAGUAGUAUCCCUUCAGAUUGAAGCAGAUAACUGCAUCACUGACUCACUAACUAUUUAUGACUCUUUGAUGCCAAUCAAACAUAAGAUACUGUAUCGGGCUUGCGAACCAGCUGAUUCCUUGGUGUCACUUGUAUCCACGAAUAAUCUGAUGCUGGUAAUAUUUAAGGCAGCACAUAUAAAGGAACAGAAGGGAUUCCAUGGCUAUUUUGAGGUCAUUACGCAAGAAAGGUGUGGAAAAGCCAUAGUGACAAAAGAGAAAAUUGGCUAUGAAGGGAGAAUCACAAGUCCUUAUUAUCCGAGCUAUUACCCUCCAAAAUGUCUUUGUGCGUGGAACUUCCAGACUCCACAGAAGAACCUUGGUAUAGCUCUGAAGUUUCAUAACUAUACCAUCAGUGAGAAGAAUAUUAAAGGCUGUGAGCGAGGAUGGUGGAAAAUUAAUGAACACAUGUACUGCGGUUUCUAUGUUGAUCACCAAACAGUCUUCCACAUUGCAAGCUCUGCUGUUAACAUUGAGCUUCAGUGCAGUUCAAAGGUGUCAGAGAAGCCCCUUCUGGUGGAGUAUGGCAGCUAUAACAUCAGCCAGCCAUGUCCACCCGGAUAUUUCAAGUGUUCUACUGGCUUAUGCAUCCAGCAGAUGCAGCGCUGUGAUGGGGUAAACAACUGCUUCGACGAAAGUGAUGAACUCUUCUGUGUUGUCCCUGAGUGGAACUGUAACUCCAGCUUUGAGAUACAGGAUAACUUGCUUGUCUGUAACGGAGUAAAUGAUUGUGAGAAUGGAGAAGAUGAGCAGAACUGCACCAACAGUAUUCCUUGCACCAACCACACAUUUAAGUGCAGGAAUAACAUAUGCAUUAAGAAACAAAAUGCAAAAUGUGAUGGGACUGUGGAUUGUACUGAUGGAAGUGAUGAAAGCAGUUGUAGUUGCGGCAGCAGCAAGAGUGGCAAUCUCAUCUCUCGGAUUGUGGGCGGUACAAACACUAAGGAGGGUGAAUGGCCCUGGCAGGUCAGCCUCCAUUUUGUGGGAACUGCAUACUGUGGGGCAUCAGUGAUAUCAAAAGAAUGGCUUGUAUCUGCAGCUCACUGCUUUCAAGGGAGCAAGCUGGCUGACCCCAGAGCAUGGCGUGCUCACUUGGGGAUGCGAAUACAAGGCCGUGCAAAGUUUGUAUCUGCAGUGAAACGGAUCAUUGUUCACGAAUACUACAACAGCAGGAACUAUGACUAUGACAUUGCGUUGCUGCAGCUGAGCAAGCCGUGGCCAGAUACAAUGAGCCAUAUCAUUCAGCCGAUCUGCGUGCCUCCUUUCUCACACAAAGUUCGCAGUGGUGAGAAGUGCUGGAUAACAGGUUGGGGCCAAAAGCAGGAAGUGGAUGAUGAAGGUGCUGCAAUUCUUCAGAAAGCAGAGGUAGAAAUUAUUGACCAAACAUUGUGUCAUUCCACAUAUGGAAUUAUCACAGCUAGAAUGUUUUGUGCAGGAUUAAUGUCUGGAAGAAGAGAUGGGUGCAAAGUAUGUACUUCAACACACCUCACAAGUUUAUUUUGUCUUUCUUUGUCGCAUGAUGAGGCAUAAGAACUGACUGGCAAGUUGCCUUGUUUUACUGAAACACAGCUAUGUAAAAGAGCUAUCAAC